UCCCCCCCCCUCUCUCUCUCUCUCUCUCCCUAAUAAUGAUAUAAAAGAAAAUUAAGGUGCUCAAAAUCGUCGAAUUUUCGAUCCAUCGAAGAAGAGGAAGAGAUUAAGAAUACGUACGUGUAUACGUAUAUAUACGCGAUGUCGAAGGCCGCCGCCGUCGUCGAGCUCGACCUCCUCGGCCUCCACCCACGCCCCCCCGCCGCCGCCGCCGCCGGUCCACCCUCCUCUUUCCGCCGGAACAGCUCCUUCCGAGAGAUGCAGUGCGCGAUCGCGAGGAUGGAUCCCGCGGUGGUGAAGAGCGUGAUCGCGUCCGGAUCGCCGGGAUCGAACGCGGCGGCGACGGCGAUCUCCGGCGCGAGAGUGGAAGCAGGUGAUGAUACCGCGACUUCGCCAUUAACGAUCUUCUACAAUGGCACCGUGGGCGUCUUCGAGCUUACCCACGACAAGGCGAAAAAUAUCCUGAGAAUGGCAGCGGAAGCAAGUAAUGGAGGCAUUUCAGAAGCAUCGGAGGAAAAGAUGGUGUCAGGCGACAAUGAGGGUCUGAAUGGAGUUGCAUCUGAAAAUGAAAGGCGUUGGUUGGUUAGGAGAGCUGCCAAUCGCGAGGAGGAAGUCGCUGCAGCGAUUCCUGGAGAGGCGCAAGGAAAGUACCCUUUAGUUUUGAUGUAUCAAGAGGAACGGCAGAGAGGAGGAAGAAGUUAUAUUCAACAUAUUUUAUGGGUUGACCACCUAAACAAUCAUGUGUCCCUGGGAAAGCCAUGUUGAGUGCCCCUUCGUUCUUCUAAGAUCAUACUACGAAGGAUACUAAUUAGUUUAAUUCACUCUCAGCUAAUAUGUAAUUAAUAUUACUUUAGUUUGUUGUUAAUUUGUGUAAAAAAUAUAUCCAAAAUAUCCAACGGGUCACUCGCAUUUUGGUUAUCCUCCGUGAAAAAGUUCAUUAGAGCUAAAGUGUGUGUAUUUCUUGCGAACAUUUUAUGCAAUUAAACAGUUUUUUUUUUUACCACAA